AUGAGUGGUCUUGAAGUAACAGGCGUCGUUCUCACUAUUCUCCCUUUCCUCGUGAACCAGCUCGACAAUUAUGCGCGCGGGAUUGAAAAGAUCAGGAUGCUCAGACGCGCCCGUCGACACCUAGAUAGUUAUGCGCUAGCAAUCGGAACGCAACAUACGAUAUCUGUCGACAAUAUCCAACAGGCACUGGAGGGAGUUGUUGACGACGAGGACGCAAUGUCCGAGCCCAUCAACAACCUCACUAGUGACUUGUGGAACGACUCAGGACUUCAAGACCGGCUCCGCAAUAAACUGGGGAGAUCCCACGGAAUUUUUGUGCAAAACAUGAUACACCUCCAUGGGCUACUCCUUGAUCUCUCCCAACGAAUGGGGAUAGAUCUUAACAAUGCUGCACAAGUAACGAGCGAUCUCGCAUAUAAUGACAGUGCCUGA